AUGUCUCCUUCUAAAGUUAAAGUUACAUCUCCUUCAGAUCCAGCAUCUGUUGAAUCAAAAUUAAGAGAAGAAUUAGGAUUAAGUAAUGACGUUACUACAAUUAGACGUAACGCACCACCUGCUAUAUUAUAUGAAGAUGGUCUUCAUGAAAAUAAAACUGCUAUUUCUUCUACUGGUGCUUUAAUUGCUUACUCAGGUGAAAAAACUGGUAGAUCACCUCGUGAUAAACGUAUAGUUGAAGAAUCUACUUCAAAGGAUGAAAUCUGGUGGGGUCCAGUCAACAAACCAUGUUCAGAAAGAACUUGGGCAAUUAACCGUGAACGUGCUGCUGACUACUUAAGAACAAGAGAUCAUUUAUACAUUGUCGACGCUUAUGCAGGUUGGGAUCCAAAAUACAGAAUUAAAGUUCGUGUAAUUUGCGCAAGAGCUUAUCAUGCUCUUUUCAUGACUAAUAUGUUAAUUAGACCAACAAAGGAAGAAUUAGAAAAUUUUGGUGAACCAGAUUUUACCGUUUGGAAUGCCGGUCAAUUCCCUGCUAAUAAGAAUACUGAAGAUAUGACUUCAAAGACAACAGUUGAAAUUAAUUUCAAGGCUAUGGAAAUGAUUAUCUUAGGGACUGAAUAUGCAGGUGAAAUGAAGAAAGGUAUCUUUACUGUUAUGUUUUACUUAAUGCCUGUCCAUCACAAUGUUUUGACUUUACAUUCGUCGGCAAAUCAAGGUAUUCAAGAUGGUGAUGUUACAUUAUUCUUCGGUUUAUCUGGUACAGGUAAGACUACAUUAUCAGCUGAUCCACAUAGAUUAUUAAUUGGUGAUGAUGAACAUUGUUGGUCCGAUAAUGGUGUCUUCAAUAUUGAAGGUGGUUGUUACGCUAAAUGUAUUGAUUUAUCUGCUGAAAAGGAGCCAGAAAUCUUUAAUGCUAUUAAAUUUGGUUCCGUUCUUGAAAAUAUUGUUUAUGAUCCAACUACUCGUGUUGUUGAUUACGAAGAUAAAUCAAUUACUGAAAAUACAAGAUGUGCUUACCCAAUUGAAUAUAUUCCAAGUGCUAAAAUCCCAUGUUUUGCUGAUUCUCAUCCAAAGAAUAUUAUUCUUUUAACUUGUGAUGCUUCUGGUGUCUUACCACCAAUUUCAAAAUUGACCCCAGAACAAGUUAUGUACCAUUUCAUUUCAGGUUACACUUCAAAGAUGGCAGGUACAGAACAAGGUGUUACAGAACCAGAACCAACUUUCUCGUCUUGUUUCGGUCAGCCAUUCUUAGCAUUACAUCCUAUCAGAUACGCUACUAUGUUGGCUGAGAAAAUGUCUAAGCACAAUGCUAACGCCUGGUUAAUCAAUACCGGCUGGACCGGUUCUUCUUAUGUAUCCGGUGGUAAACGUUGUCCAUUGAAGUACACUAGAGCUAUUUUAGAUUCUAUUCAUGAUGGUACUUUAGCACAAGAACAAUACGAAACAUUACCAGUAUUCAAUUUACAAGUACCAACACAUGUCUGUGAUGUUCCAUCUGAACUAUUGAACCCAAUGAGAAAUUGGGCUCAAGGUGAAGCUAAGUACACUUCAGCUGUUAAGAAUUUGGCAUCAUUGUUUGUUGAAAACUUUCAUACUUACGAGGACAAAGCUACUCCAGAUGUUUUGGUAGCAGGACCACAAUUUUAA